AUGUUUAAAAGGGAAUCAGCAAGAGCAGCAACUGGAAAGAUGAAUAAAAGAGAAACAGUGAGAGCAGCAACUGAGUCGACAGUGAUAAGUCUGCCUCGGGUGAAAGAAGAAGGCCCAAUUGUUGUUAAAGUGCAAGGACAGACGCAAGCUGAGAAAUUUAGCUGUUGGAUGGGGCGGAACAUGAAGCUGCGCUAUCUCAUGCGUGAUUACUGCGAUCGAACUGGUGGCGUUUUGGAAUAUAUGAGGUUCCAUCUUGAUGGUUCUCGUAUCAAACCCGACAAAACUCCCAAUGAUUUGGGGUUGAAGGACGGUGAUGUCACCGAUACCAAUUCCCAGCAGAUUUCUGGCUGA